CAGCUCAGCCUGCUGCUGGGCAUAGAGCUGCUGCACACUCUGGGAUUUGACAAGGAGGUUCUGCAGGUGCGGAGAGCGCAAUGUGAACAUCAGAACCAGGAUCCUCUGGUCUGGACAUGUCCACGUGUCAUGAAGUGGAUCAGAGACAUUGACUUGAAGGAGUACUCAGAAAGCCUGGUGAACAGUGGGAUCCACGGCGCCGUCAUGGUUCUGGACCCCUCCUUCAGCAUCGAGACCAUGGCAACCAUACUGGGUAUCCCAGGCAACAAGCAGAUGGUCCGACGCCACCUCAGUGAGGAGAUGAAGGCCCUGCUUGGGCCAGUCAGGUCAGCUCUUCAGCAUGAUUUGAUGAUUGAGCGAUUGGGAACGCCCCCUUCCUCUCGCCAGAGCUCACUGGCUCGUUCACACACGUCUUCCACACGCUAUCCUGAUGAUGACCUGUCUCUUAGGAGACGAGCUGUCAAGCCUCCGCUAGGUUUCAGUGCAAAAGCUCUCAGUGGGCGGGACUUAAGUUACCAUGGCAGCUGUGCCUCACUGCGCGGAGACGGACAGGAGGUGUCUCCGCCCCGUAAUAAAGGAAGCCCCGCCCACAGUCACUCAGGCAUAGAGGUCACCAACGUCUGAGAAUCUCAUGGAGUUCACAAAGGCACACACACACACACACACACACACACACGCUUACUGAGAGGACACACAGACUCUUAUCAACCCACACAGACUGGCUUGUUAGCAAUCCGCGCAUCCACACACACACACGCACACACACACACACACACACA